CUUCAAAGAGUUUCAGACACCACAACGCAGCACUCAGCACAAGAGAUACAGCCAUGGAUGGACGCCAGAGUCAUCAUCCAGCUCGAUCUAGACUACUUCUAUGCACAGUAUGAAGCCUCCGUCAAUCCAGCCCUCCGCAACCACCCAUUUGCUAUACAACAAAAACACAUCGUCGUAACAUGCAACUACCUCGCACGCGCAGCGGGUGUCAAGAAAUUACAACUCCUAACAGAUGCGAAACGAGCGUGUCGGGAUCUGAUUAUUGUGAAUGGUGAGGAUAUCACGCGGUAUCGAACGUGUUCAAAGCGCAUCUUUCGGCAUGUUCGAGCAUUGCUUGGUGGAGAUGACAGUCGUGUUCAGCGAUUGGGGAUGGAUGAACUAUGGUGUGAUGUCACUGCCCUUGUUGACUCGCAUAUGGCAGCUGGUACGACGGGUUCUGGUGCAAUCAAGACAUUCGUGUUGGACAAAGAGCACAGCUUUGAGUAUAAUUCAGGAAUACUGGCUGGCCAUGCAAUUGGCGCCAAUAGUGGCACGAUCGCAGACCUCAAGCUACUCAUCGCUUCACAUCUCUGUGCCUACUUGCGAGGGAGCAUCUAUGAAGCCUUUGCGUUGACCUCUUCUGGUGGCAUUUCGACAUCAAAGCUGCUAGCCAAGCUGGUUGGUGGUGAACACAAGCCAGAGAGUCAGACGACGCUGUUUCCUGUGGCGCAUCAAGAGUACAUGGAUGCGAUUGAGCUCAAAAAAAUUGCUGGUGUUGGCUAUACGUUCCUCAAAGUCUUGUACGCCAAGUUUGCCAACCACUCUGAUGCAACUGAGUCGACUGUACCGCUGCUUGAAGAAGAGGAUGAUAUGAAAGUCACAGACACGGAGAAGUACAUGCUGCUAGAAGCUUACAAGCAUACGCCAUUGACAGUUCUGCAAGUACGCAGCACCGUCGAUAAGGCCACGCUCAUCGAUUGGUUUGGCUCAGAACGGGGAAGUUGGUUGUGGGAUAUUCUCCAUUGCAAAGAUGAGUCUAUCGUGGUGCCUUCUUCUCUCUUUCCUAAAAGUAUCAGUGUCGAAGAUUCUUUUCUGCAUUGCCGGACAUUGGACGAGGUACACGCUCAUCUGCUGGAUCUGACAACAGACCUCAUCUCGCGUAUGGAUGCGGACUUGACUGAGGCUGGUCGGUGGGUGCGGUUCCCAAGCAAUGUACGUCUGUCCCCUCGAUUUCGCGUGGAUGCUACAAUUCAAGAUGGUAUUCGACGCCCUCAAAAGGGGUCACGCACAUCAAGAAGUGUCGCACUUCCUGCUGAAGUGUAUGAUAUGGCGAAGUCUUGUCAACAUCGUGCACGCUCGCUCGUCGAUGGUACGAUUCUUCCGUUGUUUAAGCGGAUGGUGAUGGGUCUAGAUGACUGGGAUCUCAAUCUUCUCAAUGUCGCUGUUGCGGAUAUGAAGGAACAACGCACCACGGCUGGCAUCUCGAGUUUCCUCAAGCCUGCAGCCGGUGAAGUGGAUCAACCCCUGCCAUGUCCCGAGGGAAUGGAUGAUUCCGUGUGGUCAGCAUUGGAUGGAACACUGCAGAGGGAAAUGAUGCGCGAUUUGAAGCGCGCGCGUGAGGAUGAAGCUGCACGCGAGAUAGAGAAGCGUGCGCGUGUAGCAGAUCAAGGUGCGGCUAUGAAUGAAGAGGAGGAUGAAGAACAGGUGUGGCCGAGCGAGGAGGAUGAGGAUGAAUUUGGGAUCCAGUGUGAUCGCUGCCACUCUGUUGUUCCCAAGUUUGCCUACCUGGAGCAUGUGUGUCUGCCAUAGGUAUAUAUUACAUAUUGUAAAAGCAUCCAGUCCACUCA